ACCUCGGCCGGGCACUCUUACGUCGAGCUUGAAUCUAAUUGUCAGAACAAACUUUCGCAGCAACUGCCCGAAUCAACUAUGGCACUUUGGAAAAUCUCGAUAUUCGCGGCCCUCGCGGUGAUCCUGGUCGCCGAGUGCAGCGGUUACAACAUGUGGAGUUGCGAUAGUCGUUCCCAUGACACCAGCACCCAUACCUUCGCAGGCAACAACCCAUGCCCGAGCUAUGCCCCCAACCCAGUCUACUUCAGCGCCAGCGGCUACGAGAAUCCGUGGAGCUGCGACAGCAGGAACGACAACUGGAGCGUGAGUUACUUCAGCAGGACCAACCCGUGUCCAUCGUACACGCCUUACCCGGUCUGGGACGAAGACUUGACGUCUGAAAAUAUCUUCGGGAGCAAAUAGAUCUUGCCGCGAAAGCAUAUGUGGAUCUAGUUUCCAGUAGUUUAGCAAAGCAUUCCAAAUUUCAAUUACCGCGUACUUGAUGCAUGAAUAAAUAGCAAAU